AUGCGUACCACUCGGCGGUGUUGCCACACUUUCCUCGCUUUCAUUCUCAAAUUCGUUAAUUUCCUCCAAACAUUCGUUGGUCUCUCGAUCGUUAUAUACUCUGCCUAUAUGCUUAAUCAAUGGCAUAACAAUCACUCUCAAAGCCCUGUACAUUUACCUCCGUCGCCGGACUUUCCUGACGCAAUUUUGUCGAAUUUCGACGCAGUUAAGGGUCCUGAUCACGUCACUCCUUUGAAUUUGGCAGCCAACGUCGUUUCCGGUCUAGAAUUCAAUGUCCAAAAUCUUCCCGCUCCAUGGUUCAUAUAUGCAUUUAUGGGAGUGGGGGUUGUGGAUCUUCCAUUUGACCCAACUGGAGAACUUUAUAGAAUUCGGGCUUUCAUCGAAAACAAUGUUGAAGUUUGUAAGUGGGUUGGAAUCAGUUUGGUUGUAAUUCAGGUUUUAUCCCUACUUCUCGCAAUGAUCCUGCGAGCCAUGGUUUCUAUAAGGCGAGAAGACAGUGACAUUGAGGGAGGCUAUGAUGUUAGCAAUAGAACACCACUGCUAAAUCCACAACUAAGCCAAACAUAUGGGUCAAUCAAAGGCAUUAGAACUCACUCUGACAGCUGGAGCUCACGCAUGAGAGAAAAGGUAUCUCUUUAG